AUGUCGUUCAUUAUUCUCGCCGCUUCUAUUGCUGGCCUGGUCGCCCUCUACCUCUACCAUGUCAACCGAGCAAUGACUAAAGUCCCGGAGGAAGCUCGUCUAUUAUCUCCGCGCCGCUGGACCGUUGAGGAAAUCAAGGAAGCUUAUCGAAAGGCGAUUGAGUCCCCGGUAGAUGUGACCAAGAGCCUUCCUCCGAAGCAACAUAGACGAUACAUCGUUGUGGGCGGAUCAGGACUUGUUGGAAAUUGGAUCGUAACCCAUCUUCUUGCGCGCGGCGAAGACCCGACUGCAAUUCGCGUCCUGGAUCUUCAGUCACCCCGUCAGCAAAUCCUCGACCAGGGAGUGGCCUUCGUCAAAAUCGAUAUCACCGAUGGAAAGGCCGUUCAGGCUGCAUUCGCGCAACCCUGGCCGCAACAGGUCACCAGCCUUCCAUUGACUGUCUUCCACAAUGCCGCCGUGAUCAGACCUGGAGAGAGACACAAGGCCUUUCUCCAAUUCUGCACCAGAGUCAAUGUUAACGGGACCCGGAACGUCCUGGCCGCGGCAAAGCAACACGGCGCAAGCUGCUUCAUCUCGACCUCGUCCGGAUCCGUGCUCCUCCGCCGUCCAUCGUUCUGGAUCGCUCCCUGGACCAAGUGGCCCAAGCGCGUCGUGCAGAUUAUCAGUGAUGCGACAGAGACGCCCAAGGAGCACGACCAGUUUUUUGGCAACUACGCCGUGUCCAAAGUCGAGGCCGAGCGCAUCGUCCGCGCCGCCGACAGCCUCGAAUCCAACUUCCGCACGGGCUGCAUCCGACCCGCCAAUGGCAUCUAUGGCGUCGGCGACACCACCAUCACAGGAAUGUAUUUGCUCAAGGGCGGAGCUCCAAGCUGGACCUACCCCGUCAUCCAAAGCUUCGUCAAUGCUGAAAAUGUCUCCAUCGCCCACCUCCUCUACGAGCAGCGCCUCCUCGAGCACACCACAUCCCCAGCCCAGCUCCCCAACAUCGGCGGCCAAGCCUUCACCGUCACGGACCCCAACCCCGCCAUCGCCUUCAGCGACCUCUACCUCCUCAUGACAACCCUCGCUAAGACCCCCAUCCGCUUCCCGCGCGUCGCUCCCGUCCCCUUUCUCCUUCUUUCGUAUCUGCUGGAAUGGUACGCCCUCCUCCAGCACCUCUACCUGCCCCGUCUCCUGCCAAGGAUCACGGGUGAUCUGGCGCAGCUCCAGCCCGGUCUGUUCGCCAUCUCGGACGUGCAUACUUUCGCGGACGACUCGCGCGCGCGCAAGGUCCCCGCCGACGGGGGGCUAGGCUACGUUGCGCCCAUUACGACGUUGGACGGGAUGUGCAAGCAGGUGCUGGAAUGGAAUCGGAGUGCUGGGGCGGAGACCGUUGCUGCGGUUGCUGCUGUUGGUGGGAAAGGGGUGGUCAGUGUCUCUGAGGAGGGGGUGGAUGUGAAUUUGGUGGUUCCGUCGAAGAAGUUGUGA